ACACUGCGUAUAAACUUACUCUUCACUUCCUUUGAGAACUAUUUAAUUUAUUCAGCCAAACAGUCAAAUUGUGUCUGUUUUUCUUAGGUAAACUCGCUCCUGUGUCCUCAACUUUUACUUAAAAUGUGGGACGACCCUCGAAUUUGAAGAUAACAUUUAAAAAUCCAUCCGCGGAGUGACACUUUUCGUAAAAAAAGCUAAAGCUCAGGGUCAAGAUGGUGGUCGUACAACUCAGAUCUGGAAACAUUGGUGAACAGGUACCAGAAUGCUUAGUUUUCAGGACAGAAAUGGAUCGGGAUUCUGACGAUUUCCUGCCGCCGCCGGAGUGCCCAGUGUUUGAGCCCAGCUGGGCCGAAUUCCGAGACCCCCUCGGAUAUAUAGCCAAAAUCAGGCCCAUUGCCGAGAAGUCUGGCAUUUGCAAGAUCCGCCCACCUGCGGUAAGCUUCCUAAAGGACUGGCAGCCUCCUUUUGCAGUAGAAGUUGACAACUUCAGAUUUACUCCACGCAUCCAAAGGCUAAAUGAACUAGAGGCUCAGACUAGAGUGAAACUGAAUUAUUUGGAUCAGAUUGCAAAAUUCUGGGAAAUCCAAGGCUCUUCACUGAAGAUUCCUAAUGUCGAACGGAGGAUGUUGGACCUGUACAGCCUUAGUAAGAUAGUAGUGGAGGAAGGUGGAUAUGAAGCCAUCUGCAAGGACAGACGGUGGGCCCGAGUCGCUCAGCGCCUUAAUUACCCACCAGGCAAAAACAUUGGCUCCCUUCUACGCUCACACUAUGAACGCAUCAUUUACCCUUAUGAGAUGUUUCAGUCUGGAGCCAGUCUUGUGGAAUGUAAUGCAUACCCAUAUGACAGUGAAGAUAAAGAUAAGGAGUACAAACCUCAUAGCAUCACUCUGAGGCAGUCUGUGCAGCCAAAGUUCAGCAGCUACAGUCGACGGGCAAAAAAACUACAGCUUGAGCCAGAGCCCACAGAAGAGGACAUUGAGAAAAAUCCAGAGCUAAAGAAGCUACAAAUAUAUGGGGCAGGUCCGAAGAUGAUGGGUUUGGGUCUCAUGGCUAAGGAUAAGACUUUGCAGAAGAAAGAUAAAGGAGUCACGUGCCCUCCUCUUGUUAUGGUCCAGAAAGAACCCACUGAGGGUGGGAAAGUGGCACCAGCAUUGUCCAACAAGGACUUAAGUCACAGCCCAGAACCCUGCCCCAAGAUGACUAUGAGGCUGAGAAAGAAUCAUGGCAGUACCAUGUUGAUUGAUUCAUUCAUUUGUCGAAUAUGUUCCCGAAGGGAUGAAGAUGAUAAGCUUCUAUUCUGUGAUGGCUGUAAUGACAAUUACCACAUCUUCUGCCUAUUGCCACCCGUUGCUGAAAUCCCCAAAGGGAUAUGGAAAUGCCCAAAGUGUAUUUUGGCGGAGUGUAAGCGACCCCCUGAAACUUUUGGUUUUGAGCAGGCUACCCAGGAGUACACUUUGCAGAGUUUUGGUGAGAUGGCUGAUUCCUUCAAGGCUAACUACUUCAACAUGCCUGUACAUAUGGUGCCUACUGAAGUUGUAGAGAAGGAAUUCUGGAGGCUAGUGAGCAGUAUUGAGGAGGAUGUGACAGUUGAGUAUGGAGCAGACAUUCAUUCGAAAGAAUUUGGCAGUGGCUUUCCUGUCCGCAGUAGCAAGCAGAACUUAUCCCCUGAAGAAGAGGAGUAUGCAGCUAGUGGUUGGAACUUGAAUGUGAUGCCAGUGCUGGAUCAGUCUGUUCUCUGCCACAUCAAUGCAGACAUCUCAGGCAUGAAAGUGCCCUGGCUUUAUGUGGGAAUGGUUUUUUCAGCAUUCUGUUGGCAUAUUGAGGAUCACUGGAGUUAUUCCAUUAACUACCUGCACUGGGGUGAGCCGAAGACCUGGUAUGGGGUACCAUCAAUUGCCGCUGAGCAUUUGGAAGAGGUGAUGAAGAGGCUGACCCCUGAGUUGUUUGAUAGCCAGCCUGACCUCCUGCACCAACUUGUCACCCUCAUGAAUCCAAACACCCUCAUGUCACAUGGUGUGCCAGUUGUGCGUACAAACCAAUGUGCAGGAGAAUUUGUCAUCACGUUUCCUCGUGCUUACCACAGUGGCUUUAACCAAGGCUAUAAUUUUGCUGAAGCUGUCAACUUUUGCACUGCUGACUGGCUACCUGCUGGACGCCAGUGUAUUGAACAUUACCGCCGGCUUCGGCGCUAUUGUGUCUUCUCCCAUGAGGAGCUCAUCUGCAAGAUGGCUGCCUUUCCAGAGAAGUUGGACCUGAAUCUAGCAGUAGCUGUGCACAAGGAAAUGUUCAUCAUGGUGCAAGAGGAACGACGUCUUCGAAAGGCCUUAUUGGAUAAGGGCAUCACGGAGGCUGAGCGAGAGGCUUUUGAGCUACUUCCUGAUGAUGAGCGUCAGUGUGUCAAGUGCAAGACCACAUGCUUCCUAUCAGCCUUGGCCUGCUAUGACUGCCCAGAUGGACUUGUCUGCCUUUCCCACAUCAAUGACCUCUGCAAGUGCUCGAGUAGCCGACAGUACCUGCGGUAUCGGUACACCUUGGAUGAGCUGCCCACCAUGCUGCAUAAACUGAAGAUUUGGGCUGAGUCUUUUGAUAGCUGGGCCAACAAAGUGAGAGCAGCCCUGGAAAUAGAGGAUGGCCGGAAGCGCAGUUUUGAAGAACUGAGGGCCCUGGAAUCUGAGGCCCGUGAGAGGAGGUUUCCUGAUAGUGAGCUGUUUCAACGAUUAAAAAAUUGCCUGAGUGAGGCAGAGGCUUGUGUUUCCCAAGUCCUGAAGCUUGUUAGUAGCCAAGACGUCAGAACAGAAACCCCUCAGCUUACCCUGCCUCAGCUCCAGAUCCUUUUUAAGCAGAUGGCCAAUCUACCCUGUGCCAUGCAUCAGAUUGGGGAUGUUAAGGAUUUCCUGGAACAAGUAGAGGCCUACCAAGCUGAAGCCCGUGAAGCUCUAACUUCACUGCCUUCUAAUUUAGGGCUAUUGAAGUCCCUAUUGGAGAAGGGGCAGCAGCUGGGUGUGGAGGUGCCCGAAGCCCAUCAACUUCAGCAACAAGUGGAACAAGCACAAUGGUUAAAUGAAGUGAAGCAGGCACUGGCCCCAUCUGUCCCACAAGGCUCUCUGGUCAUCAUGCAGAAGCUCUUGGUUAUGGGUGCCAAGAUAGCCUCUAGCCCUUCUGUGGACAAAGCCCGGGCUGAACUGCAAGAACUGCUAACCAUUGCAGAGUGCUGGGAAGAAAAGGCCCAUUUCUGCUUGGAGACAAGGCAGAAGCAUCCACCAGCCACUUUGGAAACUAUAAUCCAUGAGGCAGAAAACAUACCUGUUCACCUGCCUAAUAUCCAGACACUCAAAGAAGCUCUGAAAAAGGCAUACGCAUGGAUUGCUGAUGUGAAUGAGAUUCAGAAUAGUGACCACUAUCCCUGCUUAGAUGAUUUGGAGGGCUUGGUAGCCGUGGGUCGGGACCUACCUGUGAGACUGGAGGAACUAAGACACCUAGAACUUCAGGUACUGACAGCAUAUUCCUGGAAGGAGAAGGCUUCAAAGACCUUCCUUAGAAAGAAUUCUUGCUAUACACUGCUAGAGGUCCUCUGCCCUUGUGCAGAUGCUGGCUCAGACAGCAUCAAGCGCAGUAGGUGGAUGGAAAAGCAGCUUGGACUAUACACAUCUGAUUCAGAGCUCCUGGGCCUGUCAGCACAGGAACUCAGAGACCCAGGAUCUGUGAUUAUAGCAUUUAAGGAAGGGGAACAGAAGGAAAAGGAAGGUAUCUUGCAGUUACGUCGCAUCAACUCAGCCAAGUCCAAUCCAUUGUCAUCGUCAAGCACAGUCUCCUCUUCAGCCUCCAUCUGUGUGUGUGGGCAGGUGCCAACAAGAGUGGGAGCUGUGCAGUGUGAUCUGUGUCAGGACUGGUUCCAUGGGCAAUGUGUAACAGUGCCCCGCCUCCUCAGCUCCCUAAAGCCUAGUUCCCCAUCAUCCCCCCUUUUGGCCUGGUGGGAAUGGGACACUAAAUUCUUAUGUCCACUAUGCAUGCGCUCACGGCGCCCACGCCUGGAAACCAUCCUGGCACUGCUGGUGGCAUUGCAGAGACUGCCUGUACGGCUGCCUGAGGGUGAGGCCCUACAGUGUCUCACAGAGAGAGCCAUUGGUUGGCAAGAUCGUGCCAGACAGGCACUGGCCUCUGAGAAUGUGACCACUCUGUCAAGACAACUGGCUGAGCUCCGCCAACAGCUGCAGGCUGAACCCAGACCAAACAAUAUCUAUUCUUCACUUCCGUCUUCUGAUGUUCACAAAAAGAAUAGUGGCAACAGUGUGCCUAAGGUCCAGGGUUUGCUGGAGGAUGGAAACUGUCUGACUGCUCCUGAGAAAAUAGCUCCAGGGGAGGUGUCCGAUUUGGAUCUGCUGACUUCAUUGUUGCCAGAGUUGACAGGCCCUGUGUUGCAAAUGCCUGAGGCAACCCGGGCACCCCUAGAGGAGCUUAUGAUGGAGGGGGACCUGCUUGAAGUGUCCCUGGAUGAGAACCACCGCAUUUGGCAGCUUCUGCAGGCUGGACAACCACCAGACAUAGAAAGGAUUCGCACACUUCUGGAGCUUGAGAAGCCUAAGCAUCAGUGCAAUCGGAUGAGGGGCCAAGCAGUGGAGAAGCUACAAGAACAGCGGCGGAAGCCGAAAAUGGAUCAGUGUAGAAAGAGUGAGAACCUUAUUCAGGAGGACCAGAAGUCAAAAAGAGCUCGGAGUUCAGGGAUUAAGCUUAUGGAGAGCUAUGAGAAAACCCAAUUUGAGAAGGAAACAGACUGUACAAAUACAGCUUUGGCUCCCUCCGCAGAUCAUAGUCCUACCUUGACAUGGAAUCAAAAUAGUUUAAAACAGAAUUCAAGCCCAGCAGCAUCUCAUCCUUCUUCAACACCAUUGCGACAACUCUCCUACCCUCAUCAGCAAGUGUUGUGACAGGGACAGAAUUGGUUGAUUUUUUUUUUCUUUUUUUUCAAUUCAAUGCUUCUUGACCAGUACCUGAUAAGGGGCUUGCUUGUUAUCUACCCAGGAUUUGUCACCAGUUUUUUAUAUUCUUGCUCCUGGUAGUAUUAUAUUCAAACUUACUUUCUAGGCCAGUAUCCUGUAUUCCUCUUUCCAAAAUACUCUGACCAACAUUAGAGGUACUAGCUUACAGAUUUUCUAAGCCAGUUUCAUGUUAGUCUGGGUAAGAGCAAAUAAAAUUUGAGAAAGAUCAUAUGUAUCCUCUUUAUUUCUUUUCUAUUUUUCUCCUUUAUCUUAAUCCUUUUCCUUCUUUACCUUGUACCUUUGUAGUAAUUUGGGCCUCUAAUUUCCUACCUUCUCUUUCCUUUCCUCUCUUUGGUU